AUGGGAGGAAUUGUUUCAAAAGAGCCUGCACUUGAGCUCGGAAAGGAGCCAUGCAAAGAAUUGUUGGACUCUCAUGACGGAAUUUCAUUAUUUAGUGAUGAGUUAUUUUCAAAAGUACCCAUUGUGAUUAAACGACUGGAAAAAGGGCACUCAGAAGUCGAACAGUUUAUGACGAUCAUUGAUCAAACCGCAACAUAUUAUAAACGAUAUUUUGAAGAGCUAUCAAAACACGUUGAAAAAAUCAAUAUGUUCGUAGGUAAAGACUUAGCUUCAAGAGAUACAGGAGUAUUACAGAGUUUCAGGUUGGGCUUGGAUGAAAAUGUUCUGCAUGGAGUUGAAGUUUGCAAGGAAUUGGAAACUCUUUUACGAGACGUCUCUGGUUUGCAAAAAUUCAUGCAACCAAUUAUUUCGAGCGCUCGAACAGAGUAUAAAAAAUUGGAAGAUGAGGAUGGUGAAUAUAAGAAAGAAGUUGAAAAGCUAAAGAGAAGAUGUGAGGAGAUGACAAAAAAACAGAAAGAGCUAAAAGAAGCGCCAUUAUCAUCUCUAGCAGAAAAAACUAAGACAGAUUAUGAAAUUCGAACGUUGGCCACCUAUUUGGAGGAAGACAAUCUAGCUAUUAAGGAAAACGAGGGAAAACUUCGAAAAAACAUAAUCAAAUAUUUGAAUAUUCUAACACAUUUGGAAUUUGUCGAGAGAAAGCGAUUUAGCGAAAUGAAAACUCAUGCAUUGAAGUAUUUCAGCAUAAAAAAGAAGUUGUCCACAAGAAUUCUGGAGCACUCCAUCCAAACAAACAAAAGAAUAGACAUAUUAGAUGCAGAGAACGAGUUUAAUAACUUUAUAAGAUCUUGUUCUCCUAACAAGGUUUGA